GCCAGGCUAGGUCGAACCAGACCGGCCCAGCUGUGUGCCAGUGUUCCUGCGCAUCGUGAGCCGCAGUUUGUGCUUUCGGUGUCCCCGCGCUGCCCCGCCGGCGUACAGAUCUGGGGCCGUGUCCAUCCGAAGAGGAAUGGGGAGGUGGCUGCGGCCGGCCGCGCUGCCGGGGGGACGGACGGGGAUGCUCCGGGGGCACGGGGAUGCUCGCUGCCCCGAGGGCUGUCGGCGGGGCUCCGCUCCCGGCUCCGCCCGGCUCGGGGCCCCGGCAGAGCCCCGCGAAGCUGGGAACGCGCGGGUGAAGGGUCCCGCAGAGAGGGAGGAGCCCGGGGAGGAAAAAGGGGCUCCGGCGGGUUCGCGGGGCUGAAGAGGUGGUGUCCACGGACACCCCCCGGCUGGCUCCUUUCGACCGUGGACCAGCGGGACUCCUUCGGUGUCCGGCACGGCCGUGGGAGCGUGGGAUCGGGGCAGGGGGACCGCCGCCCCCUCGGGCUGCCGCGGGGCGGGAGUUAGGGUGCUGCCCGGUCCGGGCGGAGCCGCUCCCCCGCCGCCACAGCCCCGUGGGAUCCCUCAUCCUGCCGGGACUCGCCACCUUAAGCGGACGCGGGCGGACGGGGCGGCGGGGCCGAGUGGCAGCCCCCCCGCCGGGACCGGCGCGGCCCCGCCCCCGGCCCCGCGGGGGGCGAGCGGAGACCCCGCUGCUGGGCCGCCCCCCGCGCCCGCCAGCCUGCCCGACGGCCGCCACCUUUGCCCCGCCUGAGCCGCGCGGCGCCCCCGCCGACCCCCGCCUCCGCCGCGCUUCCGCUGCCGGCGUCGAGGCGAGGAACCCCCGAGGACCCCCGGAGCCUGGCGAGGACAGCGCCCCGGGGGGCGGGGGAGACCGGGCAGGAUAGCGGGGGAGCCACGGCAGGGACGCAGUAUCUCAGCAUGUUCCCGCAGGGACGGCACUCGACCCCUCUCCAGCCCGGGCAGCCCUUCAAGUUUUCGGUCCUGGAAAUCUGCGACCGCAUCAAGGAGGAGUUCCAGUUCCUGCAAGCUCAGUACCACAGCCUGAAGCUGGAAUGUGAGAAGCUGCUGAGUGAGAAGACAGAGAUGCAGAGACAUUAUGUCAUGUACUAUGAGAUGUCCUACGGGCUGAACAUUGAAAUGCACAAGCAGGCAGAGAUUGUCAAGAGGCUGAGUGCUGUCUGCACCCAGAUGAUACCCUUUCUGACUCAGGAGCACCAGCAGCAGGUCCUGCAGGCUGUGGAGCGGGCCAAACAGGUGACCAUGGGGGAGCUGAACAGCAUCGUUGGGCAGCAGCAGCUGCAGCACCUCUCCCACCACGCAUCCCCCAUCCCACUGACACCCCACCCCUCCAGCAUGCAGCCUUCCAGCCUGAGUGGGGGCAGCACCUCAGGGCUCCUGGCCCUCUCAGGGGCACUGGUGGCACAGUCUCAGUUGGCUGUCAAGGAGGACAGAGUGGCCCAGGAUGGGGAGCACAGAGCCUCUCCCUCUCCUCCCCUCUGCCUCGCUGACUCGGACUCCCGAUGCUGUCUGGCUGCUGCCUGUGCUGCAGAGCACACCCCAAGCCAGAGUGUUUCUGCAACCCCUCCCGAGAGCCUGCAGGACGAGGAGAAGAUGGGGCUGAAGCAGAAGCAGGAGGAGAAGGACCUGCCUGGGCGCUACGAUAGUGAUGAGGACAAGAGUGACUGCAACCUUGUGGUGGAUGAGGACCCUCCCUCGGAGCCAGGCAGCCCCGGCCACGCAGCCAGCAGCCAGCUCCUGCCAGCCGGCCGGGAGAUGCCGGAGAGCCCUGCCUCCAUCGCCUCCAGCCGGAGCACGACUCCCCUCAAGGCAAAGGACCAGAGUCUGACCGACCCUCCAGCCAGCAGUCCCCCUGCCCAUCCCACCGCUGCGUCGCCACCCUACGACUCCCUCGUCCCCGGCACCGGGCCCAGCUCGGCUGCCCUGCUCCGGCAGCCCCCGGCAAAGGCACCGCCCACCGACACCAUCGGUGAUGCUCGCUCACACCUGCUGGCCAGGACUGCUGAGCAGGUCUCUCCUCGUGCAGCUCUCCGCAGCCCUCUGAGUGUGUCCAGCCUCUACUCAUCUUCCUUUGGAAUGGUGCCUCAUGCCGCCCUCAGCAGGGAGCUCCCAGCCCCCAGCACGUACCUGGGCAUCCACCUCUUGCCGCAGGUCAGCAGUGCCGUGCUGUAUGGCCAGUCCCCGAUGGUGGCUUUUGAGUCACACCCUCACCUGAGGGCUUCCACCAUCUCAUCCUCACUCUCCACUGUCCCUGGAGGGAAACCUGCCUACUCCUUCCAUGUCAGUGCCGAUGGGCAGAUGCAGCCGGUGCCUUUCCCACCCGACGCCCUCAUCGGCUCCGGCAUCCCCCGCCACGCGCGGCAGCUCCACACCCUGACCCACGGCGAGGUGGUCUGCGCUGUCACCAUCAGCAACUCCACACGACAUGUCUACACUGGGGGCAAGGGCUGUGUGAAGGUGUGGGACGUGGGGCAGCCGGGCACCAAGACGGCCGUGGCUCAGCUGGACUGCUUGAACCGCGACAACUACAUCCGCUCCUGCAAGCUGCUGCCCGAUGGCCGCAGCCUGAUUGUGGGGGGCGAGGCCAGCACCCUCUCCAUCUGGGACCUGGCAGCCCCCACGCCCCGCAUCAAGGCUGAGCUCACCUCCUCUGCCCCUGCCUGCUAUGCCCUGGCCAUCAGCCCCGAUGCCAAAGUCUGCUUUUCCUGCUGCAGCGAUGGCAACAUCGUGGUGUGGGACCUGCAGAACCAGACCUUGGUCAGGCAGUUUCAAGGACACACGGAUGGUGCCAGCUGCAUCGACAUUUCUAACUAUGGCACCAAGCUGUGGACAGGAGGGCUGGACAACACGGUGCGGUGCUGGGACCUGCGGGAGGGGCGUCAGCUGCAGCAGCAUGACUUCAGCUCCCAGAUCUUCUCCCUGGGGUACUGCCCAACAGGAGAGUGGCUGGCGGUGGGCAUGGAGAGCAGCAAUGUGGAGAUCCUGCAUGUCACCAAGCCAGACAAGUACCAGCUGCACCUCCACGAGAGCUGUGUCCUCUCCCUCAAGUUUGCCUCCUGUGGGAAGUGGUUUGUGAGCACGGGGAAGGACAACCUGCUGAACGCCUGGCGGACGCCCUAUGGAGCCAGCAUCUUCCAGUCUAAAGAGUCCUCAUCAGUGCUGAGUUGUGACAUCUCUGUCAAUGACAAAUUCAUUGUUACGGGCUCUGGCGACAAGAAGGCCACAGUGUACGAGGUGGUCUACUGAGACCCUGUCUGCCACUGUCUCUUGUCUGAGAGGGACAGGCCUGGCCCAAAGCCACAGGGGCUGCUGGCUCUUCUCCCCCUCCUCCUCCUUUUGUUUCAGCCACCAAACCAAGGCCCGGGCCAGGUGUCCCCUUAAGCUGGGCAGGGGCUCGUCUGGGCAUCCUGGGGCCUGUGUGUCCAUCAGGACUGGAGCCAGGGUGAGGCUAUGAGCAACUGAGACAAUGUUGCUCCUGAAGCGCUGCUACUGAUUUAAUGGCACCUAGUUUCUGUUGCAGAAACACCUAUCAAUUAUCAGAAAAUAACUGUAUUUAACUGUGUUUUCAAUCCCUUACUAAUAAAAUGAACAAAA